AUGGACGGGAACCUUUCAGCACCACCUUCUGAAAUUGGUAGCCUUGUUGACCCCUCUGCACUCAAGGAACUUACGCCGACUGGCCAACAUUUGGACUUUAGGGGUUUAGGACUAAUAGAUCAAGCUUUUGUGCCACUAUUAGAGGAAGUCUGUGUCAAACAAAGUAGGGCAAAUAUUCAGUUAUGCUAA